AUGUCCGCGAUAUUAGCAGAUGCAGAGUCUCGCGGAUCGGAUCCAGCCGUUGGAGAAUCAGGCUUGAGCCAAGCUUUGCUAGGCUCGGGAGUUUUCAAGGUUAGGGAUGCCGCGGCUGGCCCGUUGGCUCGGCACGUCCAGCGGAUCGAGGCUCGGCUCGACCCGAAGCUGUUCCCUCCACCCAACAACGCGGUGACCCUGUGGGACGCAGACAGGGACGGGAUCCUCCGACCAGAUGCAUCAACGGUGGAGAUGCAGCGAGAGGGAACCAGUGAAUCGUUGGUGGAGCUUCGUGUGGAGCUGAAGCAGGGGGAGGAAGUGUACAGCGUGGGAGAGCGGUUGGGAGCGGUGGUGGGGAUGAAUGUGGCGACCAGGCUGCAGGACCCCACAGAUCCCUCCUCCUUCUCCUGCGAUGCCACCCUCCAAGCGCUCUUCAAGCAGGACAAGCUCAAAAUCUCCUCCCUCCCCAUCCACAUCUCCCCAUUCCUCUCUCCUCCACCGCCUCUCACCAUCACCCACCGCAUCUCCCUCGCCACCUGCCCCACACACUCCGCCACACUCCCUUCUUUAGAUCCUCCCUUUCAUACACUGGGCCCACCCACCACCCUCCCUUCAUAUGAGACCCUGCCCCCUGUUUCGGCUGACACCUGCGUGGAUGUGACUGUAACAGAAGCUCCUGCGCUAGCAGCCGAAACGGCCCGUGUGAUUGCAGCGAUGGGUCAGCAGCCGGAGAUAGACGCAAUUGACGCAGCCAUGGCUAGAGACGCGGAACUUUUAGCUAAGCACCGGCGGCGGCGCGCUUUCUUCCUAGCGUUUUCGCACUCUCCUGGGGAGUUUGUCAGGGACUUGAUGGUUUCGCAGCAGAGAGACUUGGAUCAGAUGCAGCAGGGAGGAGUGGAAGGUGCUGGGGGUGCACAGGCUUUUGGUCCUGAGACUGCUGACCAAGAUGCCGAGUUCUAUGCUCUACCAUGCCCAGCCAAGCCCAGCAAGGUGACUGCUGCUGCUGCUGCUGCUCCUCUUCCCUCCACCCCGAAUUCCAUUCGGGGCGGACUGCAGCAGACGGGUGGAGGAUUAAUGGAUGGGGUUAGAGUAGGGAGGGGGGGACGAGGGCUUCAGCAGGGGCCUGGUGUGCCAGGAUCUUCCCCAGGGGAGAUGAGCAGCGGUGGUGCUGCCAAUGACGGCACUGGUGCCAGUGCCGCCGGUACUUCUGGUCCUACCAGUAACAGCAGUGGGAACAGCAGUGGUGGCAGCAUCAAUGGCACUGCUAACGCCACAGCCCCCCCCAGCAUCAUCCCUCCAGGCAGUGCCGAUGGUGCUACCUCUGCUCCUACCAGUAACAGCAGUGGGAACAGCAGUGGUGGUGGCAUCAGUGGCGCUAGUAACACGACAGCCCCGGCCAGCAUCGUCCCUACAGGGAGUGCCAAUGGAACUGCUGCUGGUAACCCCACUGGACCCGAAGGGGCUGCUGGCAUGGCUCCCACCAGCACCACGCCUCCAAGAAAUAACACUGCUCCUGGUGACCCCACUGGAGCUGGUAACUUCACUGCGGCUGCUGGCAAUGGCAUAGAGGGGGAUGCAGUGCGGUACUUCACGGUGGGGCAGGAGGCGUUUGUGUGGGGGUCUCCUCUCGUCACCUUCUUCCGCCAGCAGGCCACCCGUGCUGCCCUCAACGCCUUCUCCUUCGCCAACACCACCGCUGUCGUCGGCACCACCAGUGAGUUGAACUCUCCUUCUGAUGCACUCGCGGUGGCUCUCCCCAAUGUGGACACGGUGUAUGGAGGGGCCUUCCUCUACCUGCGAGAGGAUGAAGCGCAUCGCAUCCCUCCUGUUUCCUUCCACCCUCCCCCCCUCCCCCUCCCCCUCCCUCCCCGCUCAAUCCACCCAGCGGUGGCUCUCCCCAAUGUGGACACGGUGUAUGGAGGGGCCUUCCUCUACCUGCGAGACCAGCCCAUGGUGUUCCGAACCCCCAACAUGGGCCAAGGCCGCUACUACAGCAUCGGGUUCUUCCAGACCUAUGGCCCGGCGUUCAGUGUGAACGGCAGCCGAGCCAACGGGCCAGGCCCCAACACGUUCACUCUAGUCGGGCCGGACUGGGCAGGGGAGCUGCCUGCUGACCUCUCACCUACGGUCAUACAGUCGCCCACCAAUGAUGCUCUCCUGCUGAUGCGAGUGGUCGUGUCAGAAAACGUCACCAACGACAUUGCUACAGUGCUCGACCUCUACAGUCAAGUCUCGCUACAGUCACUCUCAGAGGUGCUAGGCGGGCCUGCUGUUGCGCCCCUCCCCAAUCCGCCCCUCCCCAGCUCCAACCUCUCCGAGGCCCUCCAGGUGAGAAGUGCCCUCCAGGUGAGAAGUGCCCUCCAGGUGAGAAGUGCCCUCCAGGUGAGAAGUGCCCUCCAGGUGAGCAGUGCCAACCGGGUGAGCAGUGCCAACCGGGUGAGCAGUGCCAACCAGGUGAGCAGUGCCAACCAGGUGAGCAGUGCCAACCAGGUGAGCAGUGCCAACCAGCUCGCGCCCAUCAACGUCACCCAGCAGCACGGCUUCGACCCCUACAGCGUCAUAAGCUUUCUUACUUCUAUCUUCCCCCUUCCAUCACUACCUUGCGCUCCCUAA